AUGUUGUGGGUGACAAUCUACUUUUGUUCAACCAUAUUUUAUCUAACCUGUCUUCAAAGGGCAACGCUUGAUUAUACGUUUUGUAACUAUAAUUUGGCUUCAAGAAAAGCCCAACAAGCAAAAGUUGCCGAAGGCAGAUGGUCUGAAAAAAUCGUAUCCCGCAUGCGGUUCUUUGGGGACUUGGUUAUUGCUACUCCUGAUAUUUAUCAAGUUACACUUGGGCCUGAAGCAGAAUUUGUAUUGUUAGCAACUGAUGGCUUAUGGCUUCAUUAUUUUAUCCAAAUUUUAUUAUCUUCAGCUCGGAUGUGGUCAACUUUGUUACAAACCAACUUCGGGAACAUGUUUGAGAUGUGCAGGCAGGCUGCAUCUGAAGCUCUAGCUCAAAUGGCAUUGGACCAAUAUUCUCAAGAUAAUGUAACCAUUGUGAUUGCUGAUUUGGGGCGGACGGAUUGGGAUUUUUUUUUUGUAUCCCUAGAUCCGGAUUGAAUUUGGAUGUCAAUAGACAAUUAGAUUUGUCUCCUAAUCGUGAAAAACGAUCACGAUCUGAAAACGAUGCUCAGAAACUCAAACGUUUGCUUACCGA